UCAGUUUUUAUGGAUCUGAUGAACGAUGAUUUUAAUGAAACUUAUUUAACUUUUGGUGGGUAUGUAGAACUGCACAGAUAUAAAUUCCUGUAUUUUGUGAUCAUGUUUACUCUUUAUGUCCUAAUACUGUGCAGUAAUUCGACCAUCCUUUGCAUCAUCUGGAUUCAAAAAAGCCUUCAUGAGCCUAUGUACAUUUUUAUUGCUGCUUUGUUGCUGAAUUCUAUUCUUUUCAGCACUAAUAUCUACCCCAAACUUCUAAUGGACAUUGUUUCUGACCAGCAGAUCAUAUCCCGUUCACUGUGUACCUUUCAGAGUUUUAUUUAUUACUCUUUGGGUGGUUCUGAAUUCUUACUCUUGGCAGUGAUGGCCUAUGACAGGUACGUGUCUAUAUGUAAACCUCUGCAAUAUGCAACUAUCAUGAGACAAUCAACUGUAAAUGUUUUGUUGGUUUUGUCUUGGCUUUUGCCUGCUUGUCAGGUUGCGUCAAUAGCUGCAGUGGGUACCAGCAUCAAACUCUGCAGCUUUACUUUAAAUGGAUUUUUUUGCAAUAAUGCUAUUUACAAGCUUUUCUGCAUGACCCCGAAAACACUGUCAGUAUAUGGCAUGUUUGUGCUGUUCAAUACUGCGCUCCUCCCAAUGCUUUUCAUUCUUUUCACUUACUCAAAGAUAUUUAUGAUCGUCUACCAAAGCUGCAGGGAAGUCAGGAACAAAGCUGCUCAGACCUGUUUACCUCAUGUGCUGGUUUUAAUUAGCUUUUCGUGCUUGUGUUCAUACGAUGUGAUUAUAGCUCGACUACAAAUUGAUCUUCCCAAAACCGCUCAUUUCAUAAUGACUUUGCAAAUAGUGAUGUAUCAUCCUCUCUUCAAUCCAAUCAUAUACGGACUGAACAUGAAGGAAAUCUCCAAACACCUCAAGAGGCUGUUUGUGAAAGAGAACUCAACUAACGACAUCCCAUGUGCAGUCAUUUCUACUGUGACAUAA